AUGAGUCAAGCAAACUUGGGAAGAUUGGUGUCUGUUCGAGGAGGAGAAUCCAUUAUAGUAAACCAGCAGGAAACCUUCUUGACUGGUUCUGGAAGUUUAUGCAACAAGACAGACGCUGAUGCGCAAUGCUGCUUAUAUGUGGUCCAAGAUCAACAAGUUCAAACAGUCCUAGUUGAAUGUCUUGGAUCAAAGGCUAUACACGUCAAUAAUAGUCGUGUCUCUCGAGGUCAAAAGACAAUGUUGCAACAUAAAGACGAAUUGAACCUUUCAUCAGAUCACAUCUUCAUUUUCCAUUCAUCGGAAACCAGCACAUCCGGUACAGAAGAGGACAGUGUCAAUGCUAAAUAUGACAUCAAGGCAGCAUUAGGAAGAGGGAACUUUAGUACAGUCAAGCUGGCUGUCAACAAGGCUACUGGAGAACGAUGUGCGGUCAAGAUUGUCGACAAGAAACGAAUUCGAUUCAAUUCAAAGGCUCUUAAUGCUGUUGGUCGGGAAAUUGACAUUCUCAAAAGUCUGGAUCAUAUCAACAUCAUCAAGCUACGAGACUCAUUCGAUGAACAGAAUGUAUUGUAUAUAGUGCUAGACCUCGCCACCGGCGGUGAUCUUUUCGGAUAUGUACUGGAGCGAGAACGAUUGACUGGUCGUGAGGCUAGAGACUAUUUCGUGCAAAUGCUGAGUGCUAUUCAGUAUUGUCAUUCCAAGAAUGUGACUCAUCGGGAUCUGAAACCUGAAAACUUCCUGAUUCAGAAUCCUGUUGAAAAUGUACUAAAGCUAGCGGAUUUCGGAUCAGCAAGUGGUUCAACUUCGAAAGAAUUGAAUACUGUUGCUGGAACUCCAUUGUACAUGGCUCCAGAGAUCCACGAUAGUCAAACAUACACGCACCUCGUCGAUAACUACUCUCUUGGUGGUUGUCUCUUCUUCAUGCUCAGUGGCGAGUCUCCAUAUUCUGGAUUGGAGAACAAGCAAUUACAUGACGCUAUCAAGAUGGGUCGUAUCUCAUUCUCGCAUCCUGAGUGGAAGGGAAAAAAUUCGAAUGCAAUCACAUUAAUACAAGGCCUGAUGGAAGUAGAUCCUCAAAGAAGAAUGAGUUUGGAUGCUGCAUCGUCUCAUUCGUGGUUGUCGUCAUUUGAACAGCGAGCAGCUGUCUCUGUUACACCUGAUCACAACACGAUAGCUCAACUCAUCUCUAAAGCAUCAUGCACAAACAUAUCCAAACCGAGAUUCACUAUUGGUCGACAAGCGGAAUGUGAUCUUGUCCUAUCCAAUAUUCUUGUUUCUGGACAACAUGUAGUGAUUGAAUUCAAAGACGAUGGUGUCAUAACGUUGACAGAUACAAGCACUAAUGGUGUGAGAAUCAAUGGAGUGAGAGUUGAGAAGGGUAGUACUGUUGAGAUAAAGCAUGGCGAUACGAUAUCAUUGGAUCCAAACCACACAACCACUCUCUCAGAUCUAGUCUGGGUGUUCAAAGAGAUUCGUCGCCAGAACACCCCCCGGAAACGGAAAUUUGAAGAAUUGGAAUCAUCGCAAUCAGCUAAAAGCAUCAAGACCUCAUCAGCAUCAUUCAACCUCAUAUCCCUAUCAAAACGCUUCCCAUCCCUACAGAACUGCCACAAAACUUCAAUGCUCUUUGGCAGGCACGCUGAUUGCGACGUCCUCAUUGCAGAUUCUCGUGUAUCUAGUCGACAUUGCCUUCUCAGUCUCACAGAUGGUAAUCGAGUCGCUGAAUUGGAAGACUUGUCUUCUAAUGGCACGUUUGUGAAUGGUGUUGUUGUAGGACGUGGGAAUAAGGUAUCGGUGGAAAAUGGGAUGGUGAUUGCGUUGGUGAAGGAAGGUGAUAAGGUUACCAUUGGGUAUAGGUUGGCGUUUGCAUAG